AUGGCUUCUACCGCAACUUGCACCGUUACUCGUUCUGACUCCCAGCCCACAGAGUUCAUUUUACCUGACUUCUUCAGCGAUUGCCGCUACCCCAUGCGACUAAACCCUCACUGUGAUUCGGUAUCUCGCGCUACUGACCAAUGGCUUUGUAGCGAAGCCCGUCUAGUAGAACCUGAUGUUACUAAAUAUACUACGAUAUUGCGCCCAGGUUACUUCGCUUCAUCUUGUUACCCUGAUGCGGAUGCUUUCCAUAUCAAAGUCUGCGCGGACUUCCAUGGCUGGUCUGACGUCAAUGAUGCAUGGGGAGUACGCGACUGCUGCAUGUCUGCGUUCCGUGAUCCCGUCAACUUCCAGACGGAAAGAUAUAGUGGAAAGUUGUGCGAAUCAUUCUUCAGUCGCUUUAAGGAGACUGCCAGCCCUGGCUGCACAGAGCGCUUUAUCCAUGCAAUGGACUUGUGGUUUAUCGCUGCGGCCAAGGAGGUGGAGAACCGCGCCAAGGGACAUAUCAAUGAUGUUGAAUCUUACAUCGAAUUGAGGCGCGACUUGAGCAGCUGCAAGGCUUGCUUUGCCGUUGUCGAAUUCGUCUGUCAGAUUGAUCUUCCCGAAGAAGUAGUCUCGCAUCCAGUCAUCAUGGCGCUGGAGGAGGCAACCAAUGAUUUCGUUUCUUGGUCAAAUGAUAUUUAUUCCUAUAACAUGGAGCAAUCUUACCAUAGCACACAUGAUUUAAUUGCUGUGCUCAUGGUCAAACAAGGUCUCGACCUGCAAGGCGCUGUUGACCACUACGCCCAGCUAUGCAAUAUCUUCCUACGACGCUUCGAAGAAAACCCUGCUAUCCUCCCCUCGUGGGGAGAAGAAGUCGACAAGGAUGUGGCUAAGUACGUCGAAGGACUGCAGAACUGGAUUGUCGGUCCGCUGCAGUGGUCCUUCGAGUCCGCCCGCUAUUUCGGGAAGGAUGCGCAUAUCGUCAAGCAGAACAGAAUUGUCAAGCUGGUUCCCAAGGACCAUUUACUAGCCUGCCUAGCCAGACCAGAAUGGAAGGAAGAGUCUUGCUUCUAUAUAGAAUUGUACACUCACGAGUAUGUACAUAUGUACCAAUUUUUGUACAAGUCAUAG